AUGGCCCAGAAACUUCCAAGCGACUUCGUCUGGGGUUUUGCGACAGCUAGCUAUCAGAUCGAGGGCUCUCAUAAUGUCGACGGGCGCGGGCCUUCCAUCUGGGACACCUUCUCACAUCGCAAGGGCACCAUCAAGGACGGUUCCAACGGUGACGUCGCCACGGACUCGUAUCGGCUGUGGCGUGAAGACAUCGCGCUGUUGAAGGAGCACGGGGUAAACGCCUACAGGUUCUCCAUCUCCUGGAGUCGCUUGAUCCCCCUGGGAGGACGUGACGACACCGUCAACGAGACAGGAAUCGCAUUUUACAGGCAGUUCAUCGAGGAGCUUGUCAAGAACAGCAUUACACCAUAUGUGACACUUUACCAUUGGGAUCUCCCGCAAGGACUCGACGAUAGUUACGGCGGCUGGCUUAACAAGGAAGAGAUCAUCAAGGACUACACUCAUUAUGCAGAGCUUUGUUUCACUCGCUACGGAGACCUGGUGAAGAACUGGAUCACUUUCAACGAGCCCUGGUGUGUAUCAGUUCUCGGCUACGCCAACGGCGUCUUCGCUCCAGGUCACAAAGGAGACAAGGAGAAUUGGAUCGUUGCCCAUCACGUCAUUCUCUCGCACGCAUAUGCUGUCCGGCUGUAUCGCGAGAAGUUCAAGGGUCCACAGGGUGGCCAGAUCGGGAUCACCCUCGAUUCCCAAUGGCUAGAGCCCUGGAUAAUUCUCCGCAGAGUGUGUAUUGCGGCGGCUCAACGUGGAAUCGACUUCAAAUUGGGUCGGUUUGCGGAUCCGAUCUACAAAGGCUACUAUCCGUCGGCGGUGAAAGCCAUGAUCGGUGACCGGCUGCCGGAGUUCACUGACGAAGAAGUGAAAGUAGUGAAAGGUUCUUCGGACUUCUUCGGCCUGAACACAUACACGACGCAGCUUGUCAAGGAGGGUGGCGAGGACGAGAUACAAGGCAAGGUCCAGUACACCUUUGUCCGACCAGAUGGGUCCCAGCUUGGCACCCAAGCCCAGGUUCCAUGGCUGCAGACGUAUCCUCCGGGAUUUCGCUCACUUCUCAACUACGUGUGGAAGACCUAUCAAAUGCCGGUCUAUGUGACAGAGAACGGCUUCGCAGUGAAGGACGAGAACACCCUUCCCCUGGAUGAAGUCGUUCAUGACAAGGAUCGCAUCGAAUAUUACGACGGUUACGCAAAUGCAGUGUUGCAGGCGGUCACAGAGGACGGCGUCCAGGUGAAGUCCUACUUUGCGUGGAGUCUGCUUGACAACUUUGAAUGGGCGGACGGGUACGAAACGCGUUUCGGUGUCACGUAUGUGGAUUACUCCACACAGAAGCGGACACCUAAGGAUUCUGCACGGUUCCUCAAGAAGUGGUUCUCCGAGCAUAUCGCGGCUAGAUUCUGUACAGAGACCGAGUCUUGA